ACCAACAGCUCGCGAGCAUCCCGGGGGCCGCGCCUGUAUACAAUGCCCAUCGGCUGAAAGAAGCCCAAAAGCUGGAGGACCGCACGUGGGAGAAGGACGGUCAAGCGGCCCUGUACCUAAUGCGAGGCGCUACCUUCUCGCCUAUCGUCAUGACGGGGGGCGAGCUAGACCACAUCAUUCGGGACGUGGCCCACCCGCACCCGGGCCUGCACGCGCUGCUUACCUUCAGCGCCAUCGACAUCGCGGCGUUCUCGCCGCCGCGCCCCCCGGGGGUAGCGGCGGUGACACGCACGUUCGACGUGCAUCUCGACACCUUCAUUCGCGUCCUGGAAGUCUUCAUCAAGGACGGCAUGGCGGGCGCCUCUGCGACCGGGGCCGACCGAGUUGGCCUGUUUUUCCCGGAACUCUUCAGGAUCUCCGAGAACCUCCGCCGGUACUCGUCCCGCCUCUGCGCCGAGUUCAAGGACCGCGAGGCCGAUGUCUUCGCCAGGUUCAAGCAGGACGCCAACCUCGAUUGGGCCGAUUUCUUCGGUCGUCUGACCACCAAAGCUAGGGCGCUCCGGCAGCGCAACACCCUCGCCCCCCCACCCCCUUAUACGGUGGGGGCGAUCCAAGUCCCGCAGUUCUCAAGGACGUUGGUCCUGAUUGCGGAGGGUACGGCUUCUUCGAUGGUGGGCCUUCUGCAGGGGGGUCUAGCCCGUCAACAACAGCCAAAACCGUCGUCCGCGAGCACCAAGGGCAAGGCUACUUCCCAGGGUCAACCUGCACGCACCCCCGUUGCCCCAGUCCCGUCCGCUUCCACGGCAGCCGCCACCGCGUUUGCACAGACCGUCGCCGCCUGGAACACUCCCGACAACGAGUGCUUCUACACGUGGUCGGACACGAACUGCACACGCCCGCGGUGCGAAAAGGGGGGGCCGACAAGGGGGGGUGGCGAGCUUGGCACGGGAGCGAACGCCUUCGCGGACAGCAGAAGGACAGUAGCGAGCGUGGGAGUUCCCCUUCCCGGGUCGGUGGCACCCGCUGUGUUUUACGGAACACAGGGAAAGGAUGGCCGGGGAGGCACGAGCGUCGAGGGGGAGCGGUUGGUCAACGCACUCACCUUCGGGUCUUUGGGAAGUGGUACCAACAAGGUGUAUCAAAGGAUGUGGAACACGUGGAAGGAGGCUCGAGCAGGGGCGGGUUCGGGCCCGUGGCUCCGCGAGAGCGAUGGGGUGGAAAGUGCGGUGCGUGAGCUGUCUGUGUUCAUGGCUUGCCGGUGUUUCGGCCACAAGAACCAGAGUCAGACUAUCCGCGGGUAUCUCUCAGCCGUCAAGUACUUCCAUAAGAUGCACGCAGGAUGGGAGUUGCCCACUUCGCAUUUCCAGAUCCUUGCCAUGUUGAAGACCAUUGAUGGGGUCCACGCCAAUACGCAGACGAAGCCAAGGGUUAGGAAUCCACUUUCUUGGGACAUGUUAGAGGCUGGAAAGUGCGUGGUCGAAAAUUCGGGAGAAUCAGGGAAGUUGAUCUGGUGUGGACUUGCCCUCUCGUACUUGCUGAUGUGCCGAGCCUCAGAAAUCUGGGCGGACGACUCGGGGCUCGUGCACUCGGAUUUUUGUCUGACAAGAGGAGACCUGGGUUUCUUUUGCGGUCCGGUAAGGGUUGCAUGGGCAGACCGGAGGCAGGCCAGCCGAGUGGAAGUCACGUUCAGAGCGUCAAAAGCAGAUCAAAAACGUUUGGGAGCAACCGUCACUAGAUCGGGAGAAGCGUUGAAGGUGUUACUCGAUCUGUUAGAUCUGCACCCCGAGCUCGGGAGUCAUGCGCCGUUGAUGCAAUCGUGGGCACAAGACAGGUGGAAGGUGAUUUCGAGGGCAGAGGCAUCGAGACACCUCAGGUUACUCGUGAGUGCGGCGGGUAGAGACCCACAGAAGUAUGCGUUGCAUUCAGUAAGGAUCGGGGGGGCCACGCAUCUAGCAAGUAUGGGGGCGUCGGUGAUUCAGAUCCAGAGAGCCGGGAGGUGGAAACCAUCGGCUUUUAUGGUGUAUGUUAGGGCGGGGGGUGAAGGAGCAAAGUUUGUGUCUCAGGCCCUUACGGAACCCGAGGAGUGACCUGGGAGCGGUUCGGAGGAGUAGGUCAUCGGACAUGCCUAAUGGAGUAAGAUAUGCCAGAGGCCGAAACAAUAGUAAUGAUAGUAGGCCAAUCUUGAGAAGUUUGCAACGGGUUAGUCCGAUAAGAUAACGUUGGGAGCAAGACGGCAUUUUACCUGCGCUCUCAAUUUGUUUCAUGUGUCUUGGGUUUUUCUUUGGUUGCCUGCAGAAAAAUAAUCCAGAAUUCUUGAGCAAAC